CGAUAUAUGUCAUACACAUAAAUGAACGUAAUUGACAGCUGAUUGGAUGUUUGUUUUGUUAUAUUUCCAGGUCCUGUCACAGGGAAGAAGGCAGAUAGCCAAGCCUGGAGCGAGAUGGAAGCACGGAGACCUGGACCUCCACAGAGUCUGAUGUACCCGCCACGACCAGAGGGGGACACACUGAAGUCUGGAACCCCCUGCAGACCUGGCACACGAGCGACACCGACACCCGCACGGAGAGACGCCCGGGCAGACGCCGACCUCUAUGCCGCCUGCAGGGAGGGGAACCUGGCGGAGGUGAAGCGGAUCCUGGACACAGGUCGGGCUGACGUCAACUGUAGAGAUGUGGACGGGAGGACACCGGUGAUGUGGGCAGCACUGUGGGGACACAGGGAUGUGGUGGAGCUCCUUGUGAGUCGAGGUGCUGAUGUGUCACUGGUGGACGAUGACGGUAACAACACCCUUCACUACGCGUGUAUGAGGAGGAGACAGGAAGACAGUGGAGUUUGUGCUGUCUCUGGACGGGGUGGACGUCAACGUCAGGAACAACUACAGGCAGACAGCGGCCGACGCGGCGAGACUGUGGACAUCGUCAGCUGUCGGAUCUCCUGGUGUCACGUGGUACACAGUGAAGUGAAUGUAGUGUUGAUGUAG